GAAAGGGGGUCGGACAGGCCAACGCGGGCUCUCAAGAGGCUGUGGCUUUAAGAGCAACCCCGGGCGUGCGGGCUCUUUAAGGAGGGGGCUGGGGGCGUGUCAGGAAAUGAGCCUGGGCCCGCCUCGCCCGGGAGGCGGCCUCGGACGUCCGGAGGCUCCAGCGCCGAGCCCAGCCGGAGCCCGCGCCGGGGGAGGCGCGCGCCGCGCUCCUGUGUCCGCCGGGCCUCCUCCCACGUCCCCCAGAGCCCGGCACCGGGGCACCCGGGACCUGCCCCGGCCCUCUCCUGCGCCACCCCGCCGCGCGCCCUCCGCGCCGCUCUGCAGGCCUCCCCGACCCUGCAGACCCCUCUCCCAGAGCCCACGCCUCGCUCCCGCCGCACGCCUCCGCACGCGGGCCCCGGCCCUCGCCCCACCCCGCCCCGCGUCCCCCCGCUGCCCCCGGCCGCCCCUGCCAUUCCUCUCGCCUCCUUUCCCCCUGCGACUCCUCCCUACUAGGCCCCAGCCCCUUGUCCCUCGCGGCACCUCUCUGUCCUGGGCUCACCCUUCCCGCGUCUUAUCUCCUGAGCUCCUUGGGGGCGGGGGGUGGGGGGCGUGGAGCAGCACAGCCGUGCUCACCCCAAAGCAGAACUUCAUCCGAGAGGAAGGAGGCCGUUAGGCCGCCCCUAUGUGACAGUCGAGGGCUGCGCCUGCAGAAAGAAGCAACUCCCUGCCCUGUACUCCUGGGAAUCAGUUCUGGCCGUCCGGUGACCCAGCUCCUCUGCUACCAUGAACAGGGCCCCCCUGAAGCGGUCCAGGAUCCUGCACAUGGCGCUGAACGGUGCUUCUGACCCCUCUGGAGAGGCAGAGGCAGGCAGUGGGGAGAAGCCCUUUCUGCUGCGGGCACUGCAGAUCGCUCUGGUGGUCUCUCUCUACUGGGUCACUUCCAUCUCCAUGGUAUUCCUCAACAAGUACCUGCUGGACAGCCCCUCCCUGCGGCUGGACGCCCCCAUCUUCGUCACCUUCUACCAGUGCCUGGUGACCACGCUGCUGUGCAAGGGCCUCAGCGCGCUGGCCACCUGCUGCCCUGGUGCUGUGGACUUUCCCACGCUGCGCCUGGACCUCCGGGUGGCGCGCAGCGUCCUGCCACUGUCCGUGGUCUUCAUCGGCAUGAUCACCUUCAAUAACCUCUGCCUCAAGUAUGUGGGCGUGGCCUUCUACAACGUGGGCCGCUCUCUCACCACCGUCUUCAACGUGCUGCUGUCCUACCUGCUCCUCAAGCAGACCACCUCCUUCUACGCCUUGCUCACCUGCGGCAUCAUCAUUGGCGGCUUCUGGCUGGGUGUGGACCAGGAGGGCGCCGAGGGCACCCUGUCUUGGGUGGGCACCGUCUUUGGGGUGCUGGCCAGCCUCUGUGUCUCGCUGAAUGCCAUCUACACCAAGAAGGUGCUCCCGGCGGUGGACGGCAGCGUGUGGCGCCUGACCUUCUACAACAACGCCAACGCCUGCGCCCUCUUCCUGCCGCUGCUCCUGCUGCUGGGCGAGCACCGGGCCCUGCUGGACUUCGCCCAGCGGGACAGCGCCCACUUCUGGGGCAUGAUGACGCUGGGCGGCCUGUUUGGCUUCGCCAUCGGCUACGUGACAGGGCUGCAGAUCAAGUUCACCAGCCCCCUGACCCACAACGUGUCAGGCACAGCCAAGGCCUGUGCCCAGACGGUGCUGGCCGUCCUCUACUUCGAAGAGACCAAGAGCUUCCUCUGGUGGACCAGCAACAUGAUGGUGCUGUGCGGCUCCUCCGCCUACACCUGGGUCCGGGGCCGGGAGAUGAAGAGCCAGGAGGACCCCAGCCCCAGAGAGGGCGACAAGAGCACCGUGGGGGUGUGAGCGUCCUCAGGCCCUGGGACCGCCCAGCCGGGGUAGAGGCAGGUGGUGCUGGAACAGCUCCCAGGCUGUCCCUGUGGACCCAGGGGGCGGCGGCCCAGGGAGCCGGCCUGUCACAGACCAGAUCAGAAUACAGCCACAGAAGAGGAGCCGGUGUUCCCAAGUGCUCUCAGAAAGCUGCCAGGCCUGUCCCGCCCUGUCCCGUCGGUGGGCUUCUGUCCGUCCCCGGGAGCACCACACUGAGGAGCACCUUCCUGCCGCUCCAGGUCCACUACCUCCACGUGGCCUCGGGUGGGGCAGGGCAGCCACCUCAGGUGAAGUGAAGUCCCACUUACACUCAAGGGAGAUGGAGAGACACCAAGAGCUGGCCGAGGCCAGUCGGUAACCCCACAUCUCCAAGGCCCUGGGCAGGCCGGGUGGCACUGGCCCUGUAAACCAGCCAGCAUGGGGCUGAGCAAGGGGGAAGGGACCCCUGCUCCCCUUUCUCUGUGCUGAGAGCAAGCCAGGAAAGGGGGAGAAGGGUCACGUGUACCUGUGCCUGACCCGGGAAUGAGGCGGGUCCCCAGGGAGCGCCCACCUCCCCACCCAGUCUUUGCCGCUUCGGAACCUGGAGGAACGCGUUCGCUUCACAUCCUUUUCGGGUUAAGUAGAGACAGGAGCACCUCCCUCAGUCCCUGAGCCCAGAGGAACCUGCCUGGGGCCUCUGCCCUUGGAGGGCCACUCUGUCUCCGAGCACCUAGCACAGGUACCUGGCUGGUGACAGCCCUGGAACUGCAGCCAGAGAGCCUCUACUGCCUCCUGUCUCUGCCCCUCACAAAGCCUCCAUCCCAGGCGAGGCUGCGGGGCCAGAUUGGAGGCUUCUCAUAAGCAGCCCCCUCCCCCCUUUGAGCCCCUUCAUAACGAGGAGAUCGACACGUGCACUCUUCCCUGAGGGUGGGAUUGGAAGAACGUCCUUGUCCCCUGCCCUGGUCCACUGGGCUCCCAGCAGCACAUCACAGAGCAGUGGCUGAGCAUCAUCGGGAGCGAUUUCUCAGCCGUUCUGGAGGCGGGGAGGUUCAGGAUAAGAUGGGCGUCCGCAGUGUCCCUGGCGGGUCGCUGGUGCCCGCUCUGAGCUGGCGUGGUGGGGGCACAGGCAGGCCCCCUGGGGCCUCUUUCAGAAGAGCUCUAACCCUGUCCCUGCGGGCUGGGCGGCCACCUAACCACCUCUAAGCAAACAUUCAGACCACAAGCCUCUGGCCACGCCCUCAGGGUACCUUUCACCACGGGUCCCUUCCCCAGGGCCUUUGCACCUACCCCAUCCUGGUGGUUUCUGGUGUACCUGCAGUGAAAAGCUGGGGAGCCAGGGUGUCCUCACCAGCCUCCCUUCCAGUCCCCCGAAGUCCCAGGUGGUUCUAAUGGAGUUGUUGGGCUGGAUGCCCUGGGCCCUGUGUGCUUCAAUAAAACGCCAGCGGGAGAUGUCCUGUGUGUGCUGAGGCAGAGGCCGCAGCUGCCCAGGGGGCCUGAGAGCAUGGCCCUGGGGAAAGAAGCUCUCGGGACGAGGGGUCCAGCCAAAUCCAUGGCUUCUUCAGCUCCUUCCUGGGAGGCUGGGGGCUGUUUCUAGGCCUUUACUAAUCAUCACCUUAGCGCUGGCCACUGCUCGCUGGCCUCGGGGGCCGGACCCCGCCGUGUGCCUGCACCCAUCAUUCACCUUCGCUGCUGCCACACUGAGGUGCAGGCCAUUGCUGAGCCCAUUUCACAGAUGAGGACACUGAGGCCCCGAGCAUCACAGGAAGGAGGGCAGCAGGACUCAGGGGAGGCUCUGCUUCCCACAGUGCUGAAUGCUAGACCCGCAUCCCCGGGCACCUACUGGGUCCCUGACCCUAUAGUGUAAGAGGAAUCCGCAAAUCAGGGCUGACCUGUGACUUGCUCAACAGAAUCACUGGCGCUUCUAAGGUCUUAAUUAGGCCGGGACCUUCCACUGCUGCCCGCUUCCCACCUCCCAGGAGCCCCCGAGGCAGGUGGAGGAGAUCACCACCUGAGGCCAGUGCCCUCCCCACCCCCAGACGAGCUCAGCCGCAUCAGCUCCGAAGGUCAGGCUGGCAGGGGAACCAGCCAGUCAACCCACAGAAUCUGAAGAAAUCCUAAAUUGUUGUAAGCCUCUGAAUUCAGGGGAUUUCAUGCAGCAAAUAAUUAACUAACCAAUUAACCUAAGUGGAACAGAGUGCAGAAAGGCAGGAGCCAGAAUCCUGUGGCCAGCAGAAGCUCAAACUUCCAACCAGAGCACCCCACAAAUGCACCACAGCCCACUGGCAAGGCCAUCUCAGUCCCCGGGUGGGGCAAGACACCCCCACCUCCAGGCAAGGACGGGCUGCCCAGACCAUUGCUGUAGGGCCCACAGGUAGGCCCCAAAGGGUGCCGGGACAGCAGCUCUGGCAGCACCUGGGACCCUGGAGCGUUCCCUGUGGUGGACCCUGAUGGAUCAGAAACUGUGACCCAAAAAGCUUCAUUUUUUUUCCUGACUUGAUCUUUCCUUGUUCAGAAAAUACUGUUUAUCAUUGAAUUUGCCCAAGCCCUUUAUUUUGAAUUGAGGAAACUAAGGUAUAAAAAGGUUAAAGGAAGUUUCUGAGGUUACAGAACCAAUUGCUGACUGAGCCCAAAGUAGAGCAUGUCUCCUGAUCCUAAUCCUAGAUGCUGUGUUUGCUUAAGGUCAGGUGACUGUAUUUCUUAAGUUAAGCAAACAAAUUUCCCUAGCUAUUUGGCAUUGUUGAAAGUGUUUCUACAAACAUUAAUUCAUGUGAUCCUCCUAAUGAUCCUAUUGUAUGUACAUGGGUAUAAUUAUCAUUUCCUGUCUUACAGACCAGAGAGACUGAGCAAUUUGUCUGAGAUCACACAGCUAAUAAGUGAUAGAACUAGAAGUUUUCAACUAAAAAAACCAUGGUGCUUCCCUAGUAUAAAAAAAAAUCAUUGUUUGGGGGUUCUCCAUCAUAAUAAUUCCAUAAUAUAAUGUAGGUAAAAGAAUCUAAAGAUGAAAAGAACCCAGGUGUUAAGGUCAAAAGAUUCAGACUCAAACCAUGCACUAGCUGUGUGGAUAUAGACAAAUCACUCACCCUCUCUGAUCACAUUCCUCACAUGAAAGAAGCGAAAGUUGUUCUAUAUCAAGAGAUAACACAAUGACUUAAGGAGUAUGUGUGAACUUUAACUGCCAAACAGUAAAACUGAGGCACCAAAGGGUCAAAGGACUUGCCAGUAAAUGACAAAACAGACAGUAGCACUCCACUCUUCUGACCCACCUGGCCUGGCUAGCUUCCCACAGUACCUUGCAGAUGAAGAAGCCAGCCGCCUGCUGUGGCUCAAGUCUGCCCCACAAAGUCGAACACUUAACCCCCUGUGCAGGUGGUGGGAGGUGGUCAGGAUUGCACAGUUGUUUGUUAUUUUGGGAGAGUUUCUUAUAAAACCAAGUUCAGUGAGCUGGGCAAGGUGCCACAUGCCUGUAAGCCCUGCAACUCAGGAGGCUGAGGCAGGAGGAUCCCCAGUUCAAGACCAGCCUUGGCAACUUAGCAAGACCCUGUUUCAAAAAGAGGAGGCUGGGGCUGUAGCUCAGUGUUGAGCACCCCUGGAUUCAACCCCCAGUACCACACACACACAAAAGUUCAGCCCCAUAUUGCUCCCCCCCGUGCCCUCCCCCGGCCCUCUGCCCCUCUGCCACAGGAUGAUGCAUUAGAAGCCCCCCCCCACCUCGUGCUGGACCCUGACCUUCGUCUCCAGCCAUCAGAACAGCAGGAAGUAAAUCUCCAUCCUUUGCAAAUUACGGGGCCCAGUUGUUCCAUUAUUGCAGAACAGACAAGGGCCCUGUCCUCCCCAGACACUGCCCUCUCCCCCACACCCUUUGGCUUCUGUGAAAGGGCUAAAUUUAGGACCUGAAACCAGCUGAAAUGGGGACAGCAGAGCCCGCUGUGUUGAAGCAGCUGGCGCAGGUGUGCGGAGCUCAGGAAGGCUGGGCGCGGUGUGGGGGAGGGA